AAGGCAACACAUGCGGGACCUUCAAACGCAGGCCGAUCUGUGUCACUUCGGUCUCACUAAACCCAAACCAGAGCCUCUCUCUCUUUCCUGCCCCCCUCAUGGCGACCCCCUCCGACUCCGAAGCCGGCCCGAACCCUAAGCCCGUCGAAGAAUUGGAGACUGAGAGUGCUACUAACGAUGAACACCAAGGCGAGGACGAAGACGAGAUCGAGGAGGAGGAGGAGGAGGAGGGCGACGACGAGGAGGCGGAGGAAGACGAAACUCCCGCUGCCCAGAGGGAGAAUAUCAAUCGCCUCUUCCGCCGCCUCUCCGGGGGCCCCGUCCGCCUCCGCGUCCAAGACAUCAUCAUCCGGGGCAACACCAAGACCAAGGACGCCCUCAUCGAAGCCGAGGUCCUCGAUGCCUUCCGCUCUGCCUGCUCCAUGCAGGAGCUCAUCCAGGCUGCUGGCCUCGCCAACACGCGCCUCCGCCAGUUGGAUAUCUUCGACUCGGUUUCCAUUACGCUCGAUUCCGGCCCCUCCGAGCUCCCUGGCACCGCCAAUGUCGUCAUUGAUGUCGUAGAGGCCAGGAAUCCGCUGACUGGUGAAUUCGGGGCAUAUUCAAAGCCAGAGGCUAGAUCUUGGUCACUUGAAGGAUCACUGAAGCUCAAAAACUUGUUUGGCUAUGGUGAUAUUUGGGAUGCUUCUGGGGCUUAUGGUUUUGGUCAAACAUCAGAGAUAAGUGCUGGAGUGUCGUUGCCCAGAUUCAAAGCAAUCUCAACUCCUCUUAUGACUCGGGUGUCAUUACUCUCUCAAGAUUGGUUAAAGUUUUCAUCAUACAAGGAACGCCUAUUGGGUCUUUCUGUUGGUUUGAUAUCAACUGGAAACCAUGACCUGGCUUACAAUCUUACAUGGCGUAACUUAUCCGAUCCAUCACACAUGUCAUCCAAAACAAUACGGAGACAGUUAGGACAUAGUCUUCUUUCCUCUUUAAAAUACACAUACAGGAUUGACCAUAGAGAUUCUAAUCUGAGGCCAACACGUGGGUAUGCUUUCCUUUCAACUUCUCAAUUUGGUGGUCUUGGACCAGAUAGUAGGAUCUUACGAUUUAUCAGACAGGAGUUUGAUGUUAGAGGAGCUUUCCCCUUGGGAUUUUACAAUGCUGCUGUCAACUUUGGUGUUGCAGCAGGUGCGAUAAUGCCAUGGGGAAGGGGAUUUAUGGACUCAACAUCACCAUUACCUGAACGAUUUUACAUGGGCGGUCAUUCUUCUCCUAUAUGCAGUUUGGGUGGGCCUACGUCUUUGUUGGGGUUUAAGUUAAGAGGAGUAGGCCCAACCGACGAGCGGAGAGCAAUUCUUACCAAACAUGGUGAAGAUGAAGCUACCACUCCUGGAAGGAUUGCCUCUCCAGGCGGGGAUGCCAUCGGAGGUAAUCUUGCAGUUACUGCCUUUGCUGAUCUCUCAUUUGAUCUACCGCUAAAGUUGUUUAGAGAGUCUGGAGUGCACGGUCACAUGUUUUUAAACACCGGGAAUGUUGUCGAUUUGACACCGGCGGAGUUCAAGAAUUUCUCGUUUCGGGGAUUCUUGGAGACAUUUAGGAGCUCAGCCGGAUUUGGCAUAAUCUUCCCCACCAGAUUCUUUCGCAUGGAGAUUAACUACUGUUAUAUAUUGAAACAACUACAGCAUGACCAUGGAAAGACAGGCAUACAAUUCAGCUUCUCCACUCCAUAGGUUUGCUAGGUAGCUUCAGAUUCUUUCACCCUUCACUAAUUGUGCUCCUCUUUUUGUUUGUGUUUUUAUUGAGAGGAGAAAGCUUAUUUCGAAAGGCAAGAGAAAAAAAAAAAUUCCAUGGUCAAUAAAUUUUCUCGAUAUGAACCCUUUCCUUUUUCUUUUU